AUGGCAUACAAUGAAGUUCCAUUACUACACGGGGUGCUCGCCUUGAGCGGCACACAUCUCUCCUUCAAACUAAGCUCUGCUGACGUUUUAGCUCGGUCACACUACGCCAUCUGCCUAAGAGCGGCCAAGUAUGAAAUAACUCGGGUUUCAGAAGGAUGCCUUGACCGAGCAUUCCCGUUAUGUGCCUUGUUGAUUAUUCUAUGCCAUUUGGAGGCAAUCGGUGGGGAUAUGAGAGGAGCACUUUUGACCCAUCUGCGAGCUUUCACUGCGAUUUUGCCGUUGGCAUGGCGGGUUGGGCGCGUGAUUAAUGAGAGGCUGUGGCUGGUGUUGUUGGAGCAGUUUGUAUAUUUUUCUAUCGUAUCGGACAAUGUUGGUCUGCCAUCAACAGCAAUCACUGGGCCCGAUCUCUCGACCCGGUCGCUUGCAUCUUCAAUUGGUCGCCAACUUCCGCAAUCAAACAUCCAAGGAAUCAUGUUUGGGCGCUCGGGUCACAUUUUCCAACUAUUCGAGAUGAUCCCCUUGAUUCAGACCUUUGCGCAAAAGCCGGCCGAAACCUCUCCAAGGCAUCUUGAUUCUGAGAUCAUCAGCGACUUCACCAUGUUGGAAGAUCGAGUCCUGGAAUGGAAGGUGCACAUGGACUCUGAUACGUCCGACAGCUUGCUUUCGACCCAUGCCGAGCUCCCAGUCGAAGUCAAUGCAGGUCUUUUAUUCCAGUGCGCGAUUCUUAUCUUCCUUCGUGCGGCAAUGUAUGGCCCUGGCAUGCCAUCGGAGUCAUUGCUUGCCCAGAUUGACUCUCUAGUCGCUGAGUUCAUCUCCUUCUCAGAAAAGCUGGACCUUAGAUCAAAAUCACGGACGUUGAUGAUGUGGCCCACCCUCAUCGUGGGAUCAUGCGCCCGGAAAGAGGAACAUCGUGCCCACCUGCGAUUUGUGCUCUAUCAAAGCCCUGCUGAGAUGUAUGCCACCACCAUGACCGGGAAGCUCCUAAAUCUAUUGUGGAGCGAUGAAGGCUACGGAAGGUCAAUCUUUGGGCCUUAUGGGAUAACGACUGUGGCUCGAAAACACAACAUAUGCUUGAGCCUCGGUUGA